CUUGGUGAAGAGAGCACAGAUGCUGCUGCAAAGACCAGGGAGCUUCCAGGGAGCCCAGAGAAAAUUGAAGAAAUCCUUGGAGGAGUGGACAGCUGGGCAGCAGAAGUUGGACACCUGCUUGGUGAGAUCAGUCAUGAGGGGCCUGUGGAACCUGAGAUGGAGGAACAUUUGCAGAGCUUGGCUGCAAGGGGAACCUCAUGCCAAGAACAAGUUGUGGCAGCAGAAGAGAUAUUGCAAUCCCUGACGCAAGAUGUUUCAAGUCAGGUGUCCCAACAGCAUUGUCACACCACUGGGCUGCAGGCACGAAUUAAAGAAGCCAGAGACAAAAUAGAGGCUGUCAUGGGUGACAUGAGCAACAUCUUGUUCAAAUCUGAGAAGAAGCCCGCAGAGAAGGAGGCUUUGCUCAAUUUUGAAGAAUCCCAGAAAGAACUUGAGACCUCCAUUUCAAAGGCUGUGCAACUUGUCAGUCAAAAAUUAAGUCCUGAAGAAUGUAUUUCAAGAUAUGAGGAAGCUUUUAGUGCUCUGGACAACAAAGUUCUUGACAAAUUUUUGAAAGCGGCUGAACAACUGAAAAAUAUUUCAUGUGAUCGCGAAAAGCUGGUGGUGGAAGAAAAGAGUAAAGAUGUUCGUAAAAGAUGGGAGGCUGUUCAUCAUGAAAUUGUAUCCUGUGUCCAGCUCAUAGCCUUUUUUUCACAUGAAGGCAGCCUGAAGGAACUUAGCAAGUCAUUAGAAGACCUUAAAAUAUUGGGAAGACUAUCAGAAGAAACUGUCCCAGACAUACAGACACUGACUGCAGACUGUGAACAAAAGCUAGAAAAGCUUCAACAAAUUGUGGCAGAUACUUAUACAGCCCUGCUGUCUCGUGCUGGAAAAGGACAGUCAUCUAAGAAAGAGAACUCCAUUGUUGCUUCUGAGAAUGGAGAAAAGCCUGGUUCUUCUCAACAAAUUAGUAUCAUUUCGGUACAAGAGACCUCAAGACCUGCUGCAGAUAUAGUUUUGGAACCAGAUGUGAAACAUCACAAUGGAGAAAGCUAUGCAAAGAAAUUUGAGGAAAACAGUGAUUUGGCCAUACCAGCUUUAGUAGAGAGCUAUAAUACACAAAGAAGUAACCUGGAGGAACUUCUGCAAAUCAGCAGAGAUAAAGUAGCAUCUGGCUUUACUGAUGAAAUAAAAGGCACUUCAUGCCUUCAGAAUAAGCUGCUUGAACUACAGGCGAUAGAGAGUGAAACCAAUUCUGUUUGGACACAAUUGGAAAACAUCUCCUCUACCCUAGAAAAUCUUGUCGAUGAAGUGCAGCAGGCUGCUAUCUCUGAGACCAAAAGCAAACUAAAAGGAGAAUGGAAAGAGCUUCAGGAUAUUAUAAGUACCAGAACAAACUCUUUAAGGACUGCUUUGGAAAUUGUUUUGCCAAUAGAAAAUGAAUCCAUUCUUCUAUGUGAAUUAGAUCAGCGGCUAAAGAAAAAGGAUGUUCAGCAGUUUAAUCUGAUGAAUAGUGAUCUUGCUUAUAGGGAACUAAAGGAGCUACAGAGAUCUAUAUUAAAUCAGAUUGAAGUGUGCAAACAAUUGGAACACCUAGACAGUUCAGCAAGAGAUGAAUUUAAUCCAAUAGAUCUGCAAGCUGCAAGUAAAAUUAUGAUUUACUAUCAAAACCAGCUUGAAGAAAUGAGCCAUAAAAUGCAGAUCCGCGAGACAGUCCUUAAGGAUCUGGAAGCUUUUAUGGCCUCAUUGAGGAAAAUUCAGUCUUCCAUCAAAUGUCUCACAGAUCCCUCGACUCAACCUGAAAUACAGGGAAAAGCAUUGAGAGAGACCGCACAAGAAGUUUCUCAUAUGGCAGAAGAGGCUAAAUGUUUGGAUGAACGCUUGAAAACAGUUGAUAUCUGUUUGGAAGAUGCUGAAUGUGGGAGAAAGAUUUGCUGUGAAAACCUUGUUCUGACUUUAUCUGAAGAGCUAAAUGAGACUUUUGAUCCCUCUCGUGAACAGAUGAUUACAGAGGAAAAAGAUUUAUACAAGAUUUUUUCCAAAAAAAAUGGUGAACUCCUUAAAAGCAUUCAGGAUCUACGUGACAGAAUUAACAAAAUAGGCUUGAAGGAUCCAACAAUUCCAGCUAUUCAGCAAAGAAUAAAAUCAUUAACGGAAUUGGAAAAGGAAUUGGAUUGUACUGCUGUUGAAAUGAAACCUAUGCGAGAAAUUGCUAAUAAGCUCCCACAGAUCAAAGAGGAAAAAGCAGAGGAAGCAAAUGAACAGUGCAGAGUUACAGAGAGGUUACGGGAGGAUACAAAACUCUUGCUCGCUGAAUGCCAGGAGCAGUGUGCAAGGGCUCUGGAGCUCCUGAAGGAGUAUCAAAGCUGCAAAACUAGUCUGACCAGCAUCAUCCAGAAACAGGAGAUUGUGCUUUCACAGCAAACUUCUUACAUGGGGAAGGAGAAUUUGAACAGACUAAUAACAAAGAUUGAAGAGGCAAAAGAGGAAUUUAAUGAUCAUUCUGAAGAUGUAGACAAAAUAAAUCAGAUCUGCAAAAACCUUCAAUUCCAGCUCAAUAAAAUGAGAAGCUUUGAGGAGCCUCCGUUUGAGAAUGAGGCUAACAUUAUUGUGGACAGAUGGCUGGAUAUCAAUGAAAAAACAGAAAACUAUUGUGACAAUUUGGGAAGAGCUCAGGCUUUGUGGGACAAGCUUCUUAGUUUAUCUGGCACAAUUGACGCUUGGGCAAAUGCAGAACUUAAGAAUGCGGAAGGCCAUUGUCUGACCGAAGAGGACCUUACGCAGUUGAAGGCAUGCUUUCGAGUCCAAGAGCAGAAACUCCAGAAAUUUGACAACACAGUGGCUGAGAUCGAAGAACUUCUGAACAGUAAUGAAACUCCACUGGAGCUACAGGUCAUCAGAUCAUCUGUUGUGCAAAAAAUGGAGCUAAUAAAAGAGCUCUUGUCAACGAAGCGAGGGACCAGUGAACUCAGCGUGAAUACAGCAGAACUAAAAGGAGACCUUGAUCUGGCCAAGACACAGAUUGGAAUGACUGAAUCACUUUUAGAAGCUUUAUCUCCUUCUGACACCUUAGAGAUAUUUACUAAAUUAGAGGAGAUACACCAGAAAAUUCUGCAACAAGAACACCAUGUGACAUUACUCCAAGAAGAGACUGAUUGUCCUGAUGUGGAUGAAUUAAAUAAGCAGCUUAAAUGUGUCACUGAUUUAUUUAAUAAGAAGAAACAUGUGUUUCAAGAUCACUUCAUCGGUGUUUUGAACCCAAAUUUGACAAAUGCAUCUUGUGUUUGUGCUCUUACUCAGCACUUCCUAACAUCUGAAGGCAAAGACAGAGAUAUCCAAGAGGUUAAAACUUUAUUGAAUAAAGUGAAGCACUACUUGCCCAAAGCAAGCAUUAACCACCUUAACAGCCGUGUGAGAGAUCAAGAAGCAGAACUACAAAGAUUGAUCUCCAAAUGUCAAAAACGGGAAAAGGAACUUGAUGCUUCUUUCCAGCAGCUCAAUAGCCUUGAAGAAAGCAGCACAGUCUUGGAAGAAUGGCUCACUGCUCAGGAAGAAAAACUAAAAGAGGUCAAAAAAGAUGCAACUAAACUUGAGAACUUCUAUAAAACACUAUUAAUGCAGAGAAAACCAUUUGACUCUAUGGCUCACCUAGCAAAUUCCUUGAGGGAGGCUGGGCUGACAGAAUAUGAAACCAUUUCAGAAGCCAGUGAUCUUAUUAGUAGAUACCAGACACUGAUAAUACAUGUAAGUGAAGUGGCAGGGAAGACCGAGAGACUUCCAGUAGAAGGACAGAAUUUUGAAGAACUUGCCCAGGAUGUUUCUUGCUCGAUCAAAAAGCUCGAGGAGGCUAUUAAUAACCUGAGUUCACAGGAAAGUGAGUUGCCAUCAGACGAAAGGAUUAAUCAGAUAAAGGAAAUCACAGCUCUCAGAGAUGCAGGAGAGGCCAAAAUACAGAACAUGGUAGUUCUAGGAGAAACUUUAAUGAGAAAUGAGAAAACUAAGAAGGCAGUUGUUCAGCAGACUAUUUCUGAGCUGCAGAGCAAGUGGGAAAGCACCUGUCAGCUAGCUCCUGAGUACAGAAG